GAUGUGUGGUUGUGGGAGGGAGGGCGAGGCCGAUCGAUCAUCGGCCAGCCUGCCCACGCUGACGUCAAUGCAUGACACGGCUCACCACCACAACAAACAGGAUUUCCUAGCCCUGGGAUUUCAUAUGGUCUGCGAUUAAAUAUCGAGGGAUUCCCACAACUAGGUAACCAAGAUUUGAUCAGUUCAUUGCCACCCUUUAAGAAUCUACCUACUGCCUGCGCGCUCCAUUCUGUGUUUUGCCGUCCUACUUGAGAACAAAACCAUCGUCGUUGUGCCACUUACACAACCCAUCUCCAAAAAAAAGGCCCAAACACUCCCCCCCCCCUCUAACAAGAGCUACCCCCACCCCUGGAUUUUAUCAUUGCCACAACCCAACCGGUAUGCCCACAGUCCUCGGCCUCACCAACGAAACCCAAACCAAUCCCAGCACCAACGAAGGCGGCAGCAGCGGCAGCGGCAGCGAAGGCAAGGCCAUGACGUCCUCAACGACCCUGGGCUCCAACGAGCGGCUGGACACGAUCAGCAAGCGCAACAACGCGGCCGCGGUGGAGAUGGAGACGCUCCUGUGGCGGGCCAUGUGCGAGUCGCCCGAGGCGGCCAAGGAGUACCUGGCGCACGACUGCGUCAUGAUCAACCCGCUGCUGGCGGGCACCGACCGGGCCCUCGGCAAGGAGACGGACCCCUCGGUGAGCGACGCGCUCGAGGGCGCCGGCGGCAAGUGGGCGGGUUACCGGUUCAGGGGGGACCCGCAGGUCGUGGAGAUCGACCUCAUGGCCGUGGCGCUGGUGUAUAGGGUUAGCCUGUUUCGGAAGGGGAGGAAGGGCGUGAGGGAGGUCAAGGCUACGGCUAGUAGUUCGUGGAGGCAGACUGCUGGGGCGGAUUGGUUGCUUUGCUCGCAUCAUGUGGCUUUUGCGGAUGAUGAUGACGAUGAUGAGGAAUAGUUGGGGAUGGAGAAAGGGGGAGUUGGCAUUGGGAUGGAUGGCUUGGGAUUGCUUUGGGACGGGGCGUUGUUUCUUGGCAUUACUGCUGGCUGUUGUUGAUGACAAUGAUGGCGGGCAGAGGGUGAAUAGAGGAGGACAAACUGUUGUACGAAGACUCGAGCUACAUCUGAGUUAUACCUAACGUGGGAUUUUUCAUCAUAAUCUGAUCUGUUCAACAGGCUUGCAAAGCGAACGGAGUCAUUAAAUCAUUAGAACAACGUCCCAAAAAGGUGCACUUGCUACAUUGACAGUUAGGAUGGAAGCCACAUCAUCGAGACCAACC